CGCGCGGCGCCACAAACGCGAUUGUAAAGCUCACGCUGAACUGCGCGACUCCUCAUUGUUCGGUCGUCACGUCAUGGAAAGAGUUACUGCGUUUUCGCUCAAAGUAAAGAAAUACUUUAUGAAAAACUCUUCACGGACCUGUUGAACCACAUCUCGAAGGAAAUACUAUGAACACACAGCGAUUUGAACGGGUUCUGAGGAUUAUAAAGAUGCUUUAGAAGUACUUUUUGUUCUUUUGUUGGCGGAAUGCAAAGGAUGCGUUUAUUUCCCAUCUCUAUCCGGGACGAAAUGCUGGUAUAAUGUUUUCAUCUGGAGUUUAGUUCAGCCGGAUUUGCAAAACAGCUGUUUGUUUGUUUUUUAAAAUAUUUUUUUGCAGCAUGCAAAAUGGCUAAAACUUUAGUUAUUAUGAGGCACUUGAACUGAAUGUGUUUGCCGGUUUAUGCUGGACGGGAUUUGUGGAUUUAUGGGUUUAUUUUUUGCGGCUGAAGAUUCUGGCUUUGUGGAAUAAUGAAACGACAUAAAUUAAGGGAAGUUGGAGAAUAACAACCUGACAGGGAGUUCCAACAUGUAACUCUUUAUCUAUAAAUGCAGAAUAUCGGAAUUAUUUCCGAGGAAAAUUAAGAUUCCUGUUGUCUUGUGGUCAGUAAUUUUAGAUCUUUAUCUUGAAGAAUAUUUACCAACAGCCUCAAAACUACUAAAGUGCUAUGAAUACAUUAAGAAAUACUGCUGUACUAAAUACCCAGUUAACUUUUAAGUUAUCUAAAAGCUUUUUGUUUAGUGUGAUAUGAGGUAAGGGAACCAUUUUUUUUGUUGCAUCUGGCUUGCAAAAGUUACAAAAAUGUCCCUGAGAGCCAAAGCCCUCUACACUUUCCAAAGUGAGAACAAGGAGGAGAUAAGCAUCCAGGAGAAUGAAGAGCUGGUCAUUUUCGACGAGAACUCUGUGGACGGCUGGCUACAAGGUGAGAACAGCCGAGGAGAGCGAGGUUUGUUUCCCGCCUCGUACGUCCAGAUCAUUCGGCUCCGAUCCGGGUCCAACCUGACGGAUCAAUCCCUCAGCUCACCUGGAAGCUCUCCUGGUAAGGACUUGUCGUACAUCCACACACCUUCCACGACCUUGCCAAGUGACGACGAUGACGACUGGGACGACUGGGAUGAAACCUCAACGGUGGUUGAGGAUGAGGACCCUCGGAGAGGGGUGGGUGCCAAUGGACAUUCCCAAAGUCCAUACUCCAACCCCAACGUCCACUACCGAGCCAAGCCGCACAUGGAGCGUCAGGACAGCAUGUCGAGCAACAGGAAGGGCAGCAUGGUGGGAAGAAACUUGAACCGAUUCUCCAGCUUCGUGCGCUCAGGUGUGGAGGCCUUCGUACUUGGCGACGUUCCCAUGAUGGCCAAGAUCGCCGAGUCGUACUCCAUCGAAAUGGGCCCCCGGGGGCCGCAGUGGAAGGAGAGCCCUCAACCCUUCUCCUGUUCCAUUGAAGACCCUACCAAACAGACGAAGUUCAAAGGCAUUAAGACGUACAUCUCGUACCGCGUGACCCCUAGUCACACUGGCAGGCCGGUUUACCGCCGCUACAAGCACUUUGACUGGCUGUACAACAGACUACUGCACAAAUUCACGGUGAUUUCUGUGCCGCACCUCCCGGAGAAACAGGCCACGGGACGGUUCGAGGAAGACUUCAUCGAGAAGAGGAAGAGGAGGCUCAUUUUAUGGAUGGACCACAUGACCAGCCACCCCGUGCUGUCUCAGUACGAGGGUUUUGAACACUUCCUCAUGUGCGGAGACGACAAACAGUGGAAACUCGGGAAGAGGCGGGCAGAGAAGGACGAGAUGGUCGGGGCUCAUUUCAUGCUCACCUUCCAGAUUCCCAACGAGCACCAGGACCUUCAGGACGUGGAGGAGCGCAUUGACUCCUUCAAGGCGUUCGCCAAAAAGAUGGACGACAGCGUGAUGCAGUUGACGCAUGUCGCGUCGGAACUAGUCCGCAAACACCUUGGAGGAUUCCGGAAGGAGUUCCAGAGGCUGGGGAACGGCUUUCAGUCCAUCAGCCAGUCGUUCCUGCUGGACCCUCCUUACAGCUCGGACGCCCUGAGCAACGCCAUCUCGCACACAGGCCGCACCUACGAGAACAUCGGGGAGAUGUUCGCCGAGCAGCCCAAAUACGACCUGUUUCACAUGCUGGAUAAACUGUCGCUGUACCAGGGCCUGCUGUCCAACUUUCCAGACAUCAUCCAUCUGCAGAAAGGUGCUUUUGCAAAGGUAAAGGAGUCUCAACGUAUGAGUGAUGAGGGAAAGAUGGACCAAGAAGAAGCAGAUGGCAUUCGUAAACGCUGCAGGACUGUGGGAUUCGCCCUGCAGGCCGAGAUGAACCACUUCCACCAGCGCAGGGAGGUGGAUUUCAAAGAGAUGAUGCAGGCGUACCUCCGCCAACAGAUCGCCUUCUACCAGCGCGUAGGUCAGCAAUUAGAAAGAACCCUUCGCAUGUACGAGAGCCUCUAGAGCCUGACCUUUGGCCUCUGGACCAUAAUGGAGAUACAACUCUCCUGUGGACAGAUAUACGAACACUUUUUUUACUCCCAGAGUUGGAAUUUUUGAAUUCCAGACAGGAUUAUUUGCAAGAGAAACAGGACAUUCUCGCUUCUGCACUUAAAAAAGUCACUUUGAACUCCAGAAACCAACAAUACAGUUGCCUUUGAUAAACCAUACAUGUAUAUUGUAUCUUCAUGUUUUGAAUUUUAUUUAAAUGCCUGUUAGAUCAGUCUUUUAGAUUGCCUGCUAGAUCAACUUUUUUCAUAUUUUUUUCAUAUUUGUCAGUUGUGCGAAUGACGUUACCUGUGUGUUAGCAGGUGCAGAUGCUAAUCAGACUCCAAAAAAAAGUUGUUUACGCAUUAGCUUGCUAAAACACAACUAUCUCUUGAAACGUGAAAUUGUGACACCGUGUCUUAUCCAGGCGCAAUGCAAAAAAAAAAAGUGUCAAAUGCUGAACGUUAAAUUUUCUGUUUAUGUGUUUUGCUAAGUUGCUCCGCCCACACUGAAAUCUCAUUGGUCCAAAAGCCUGUUCCAGUUCACUGUAUAUAGAGUGCAACAGUCGGGUUUCGGAAGUAAAAUCCUCAUUCGUUUUCUCCAUAGGGAAAUUGAUUUUUAACGAUAACUUAUAAACUGUUAAAGACAGACAUAAUGUGAGCUACAAGAUUGUUAAUCGAUAGUAUUUGCUACUGUUGAAGCCGUCAGCCCGCAUUAUUUUAAAAUAAUCGUGUUUAACAGUGGAAUUCGUGGUAAAAAAAAAAAAAAAACUACAUUACCCAUGAUGCUGUACAGAAAGUUCAACCAAUCAGAAAGUCGCUACAAGCAAAAUGUGCCAAAUGAGCUAUUUAGCUCCACCCACCCCAGUGAAUAUAUAUACAUAUUAUAUAAUCAACAUAAUAUAUAUAUAGUCAACAUUUUAAAAAUGAGUGUUAGAAAUUAUGCUGUUCGCAAUGCUUCAUGGGAUUGUAGUUCUUUCCCUCACUAAAGCCGUUAUGUACUCAUUCCUGUACCUUUAUUGCUUCAAAUCAAAGUUUUAAUGUUGUGAUUCACCUUGUCAUGGCUUAUAAUACUUAAAGACUCCCUAUAGGAAAAAUGAAUGGGAAAAACACCACUGAAAAAGUGGGCGGGCACUGUUGCACUCUAUUAAAGACAAAAUAUGUUUUGAUUGGCUGGGAUUUGUUGCAAAAUUACUUGACGCUUCAAACGUUCAACUGCUAAAUUUGUUUGGACUAGAUGAGCAAGAAAUAAACCCACAUAGCAGGUUCAUGUGGCUUCUGCUCACUUCCAGGAAGUUUAAUCAGAUAACACGGUAAUUCAGCUCCCCUUCAGGCAGCAGAAGAUUCCUGAGUUUACGUGAAGGUAGGUUUUCUGACCUGAUACAGCGAGAGUCAUAUGAUAUUCAUCAGCGAUUCAGAUGAAUCACAGCAGGCUUGACCGAUGUACGGUCCUAAUUUCUCCUGGUGUUAUUAACACAAAACAUGUUUUUGUGAAUUCUUGGGCAAGAAUCUCCACCCAGAUUCUGUGUAUCAGAUGGAAACACUUCAGUAUUAGCAUUAGCAUUUAGCUUAAAUGUUUGUUCAGGGUGUUUCAAAGGCAAAAUGGAGCUCAUAUCCUCCUCCUUUUUGUGUGCCCUCAGGAAAAACUUGAGAGGACUUUGAGCUUAUGUUAAUGGGUUUUGUUUUAAUUUCCUCAAAAGUAGGCUAAUCUUUAUUUUUAGUUGCUAGGUUUAAGGGGUACAGAGGUUUAUGUAAGUCUCAAGGCUGCAAUCUGUGGUUAAGAGUUGUGAUUUUUACAAUGCUUUUGGUUUAACUGUAAAACUUGUCUCAAGUUUCAGCUUGUAAACUUGGAUGUUUACUGUUUGCACACUUAGUAACUGAGGACCAAAAUGUAAACCUUUGGUUUUACCAAUAUUUUACUAUAAACAUGUUAAAAUCGGAGCAGGUUUGGGCACAAGCAAUGUAGUAAUAAAUAAUAGCCAACAUGAAAUCAAAAUUGACCGUUUACUUUCUUAAUACACAUGAAAGCUGUUUUUUCAAUGGAUGAAAUCAAAUUUAACAUUUAAAGCGCUCUAGCGGUUAAUAAACAGAACUGAAUGCGUCUUGCGGAAGAACAUUGUAGCCGGAGCUACUUCUCUCUGUCUACUCCGCAGUGGUAUGACCCGAACCAGCCUAAAAUAGUCAGAAUAUAAACACUUAUUAUAGGUGUACCGUAGCGAUUCAGGAUCAGACAAAAACACGAGCUGUGUCUCAUUUCGAAGGUUUCAUACGUCAUUGAGGCUGUAUCGUUUCAGAAAAGUAAGUAGGACUCUCCGAGCGCGAUCUUGGAAUGCGUCCUUCUUUCACAGGAAUUCGGAGGAUGCAUGAGGUGUAUCCUUUGCUGCUGCAGAUAGCCCACAAUUCUUUGCGUCGCUGUUAACAACCGUCAUUUAUUUGAAAAAAAUAAAUGGCGGCGUCAUCAAAUGUACAUACAAGUGAAGAUGUGUUUAAAUGUAAGUAGUUUCAUGCUUGUUAUCCUCCUCUUUUGUCUCUGUAACAGAUAUGUUGUAGCCUACAUAAGCCAGCUCCUCAAGCAUUAACCAAAAUAAAACAAGUAAAUACAUUUUAUUUUCAAAUUACAUACAAAUGUAUUCAUAAUUUUCAUUCAUUUGCUGAGAGCGCGUUGGCAUAGCAACGAUAUACUUCCUGUUUCCUUUCCUGCCUGUGUGUCCUACGAAGGACGUCUUGUUUAAUUCUGGCUAAGGACACUCCAUAUACCGCAUCCUUCACAGGAUUCGUCCUCUUGAGGAUGCAGCCUUUGAAAUUAAAUGAAAUGAGACACAGCUGGAAUAUGGAUUUAUGAUGUGCUCAUAUAUAUUUUUUGUAAAUUUCGAACACAAAAAAAGUUACGGACAGCAGCUUUAAUGUCAAAAUAUUUUGUAUUAUGAAAGUAAAAUGGGCAACGAACAGCAUUUUAUGUUGACUUUAAUGUGAUCACCGUGAAGAAUAUUUUUAAGAACUGACCGCUCCUGUGGUUUGCAGAAGUUGUUUUGGUGUCCAGAUGUUUAUGUGCCCACAGAAGGAUAUGGUCAUCGCUUUCGAAUCAGUUAAAGCAACACUGAAAAAUCCCGAAGGGGAUUUCUUUUCUGGUAAAGCAGGGGGAAAAAAUGCACAUAAACAAAAACCUCUGCUCUUAUUUCUCUGGAAAACGUUGGAACGCAAACAGACCGUGUGUCAGGGUUGCGUGUGUCCGCUUGGCGACUUCACACACAUUCCGGGAUACAGCUGAGCUCAAACGCACAGCAGAGUUCCUCACGCGUUAGUCAUACCAAAGCAAAGACGGUUUUCCAUGACUCGGCUAAUCCAAAUUUUCCCUUUUCUUAAUGGUCUUCUUGCGUUUCGUACUACAGUCAACAGCAGUGUCACAUCAGAAGAUGGAUUACGCACAUUCAUAGAGACAAAUCAAGCAAAUAAGAACAACAACUGCAGAAAUGGACACCAUUCGUUUCUUGAGGGAACAGCAGACCUCACACGGAUGAUUUUGGACUCUUGUUAGGACGUGUGAACCCGCGUCCAGCACAUCGCUCUGUGUUUACUCACUGUAAGGAGGACAGUAGAAUUUAUAUUAUGUGUAGAUUUUACACUUUUACACAAUUCUGGUGUUCUACAGGGGAUCUGAAUAAAGAGAUCUCAAAAUGGA